GUGGGGCCAGGCCCUACGAGCGCGGGGGCAGAGGGGCAGCCGAGCUUCCUGCCGCCGAGGGGCACUGCGGGGCGUCCGGGGCUCUGCCGGCGGCAGCCAGGGAGGUGCGGGCGGAGCGCGGCGCGCAGCUGCCGGGCGAGCCCAGGCGGGGAGGGGGUGAGGCUGGCGGGCUGCCGCAGGGCUGCACCUGCUGGAGCCUGGCUGCGUGUGUGUGUGCGCCGGGGACUGCACCCCGCCGGGGCUGGAGUAGUACUUUGCCUCUCCGCCCCGGAGAGCUGCGGAGUUGACAUCAGCAGUCUUUCGCCGUCUCGGCUGCAGCGGGGAUGCUGAUAAAUACGCGCACUUCUCCUCUCCUGCUGAGGUUCUCGCAUAUGAGGAGGGGAGGAGUGGAAGGAGGAGCAGAAUGACGUUUCAUCAAGUAUUGCUCUCAGAUAGUUUGAAGUAAAUAUACCCAGCUAUUCUGUGGCACUGAACUACAGUUAUACCAGGAAGUUGAUUCUGCAGCUGCUUAUGAAUGCAGUGUGAAGGCCUGCAGUGUGCCGGAGAGCAUCGGCCAGGACACAAGGAAAUUCAGUAACCAGGAAAAUGAAUGGCUUUUUCGAGGAAGAAAGAAAGAGGAAACCUCUAUGUUUUGUGUAGUUGGAAGGCAAAGCAAUACAACUUUGACACCUGGUUAGCUUAAAGAAGCAUUUUUUGAAAUACCUCCUGACUGUAAAUCUUGUAACUCAGACACAGAAGUGCCUUUGGACCUUUGCAGAUAAUUCAUUGGAAGAACUGAUCAGACAAAGCACUCACUGAAAGUGUCAUUGAAGAAUCAUGGCGAAGCACCUGGAGAUCAUCAAUCUGUCGUUUCUGUUGGAACAUGAAAGGGAAAUGAUACUGGGAGUAUUGAAGAGAGAUGAGUAUCUGAAAAAAGUUGAAGACAAAAGGAUAAGGAAACUGAAAAAUGAGCUUCUGGAAGUGAAAAGGAAAGGUGGAAACCGACACUGCCAACAGGACAACAGCAGAGUCUGUGUUCGCUGUCAGAAAGGCCUGGGCUUUAUAUUUGACAGAGGAGAUGUGUGCCAGACCUGCAAACUUCGAGUCUGCAAUAAGUGUCGUGCAGUGGGAACUGAUGGGCAGUGGAAGUGCUCAGUGUGUGCCAAGAUUGCACAACUAAGGAUAGUGACAGGAGAAUGGUUUUUUGAAGAGAGAGCAAAGCGCUUCAAACAAUCAAAUCUUGGAACCGAUGUUGUCAGACAGUCCAUCCUGCGCAAGUCCCCAGAUACAAUUUCCAGUAAGGAAGAGGAAAGAACGUUCAAAGAUCAGCACCAAGAGAAUGAAGAAAAAGAAGUAUCAACCUCCUCCAUUACUGGGCAUAAAUCAAUCUUUGGCGGACCUAGAAAGAUAGGGAAGGUAAUUAGGGCAGCUACCAAAGGAGAAAUUACAAUUGCAAAAGAUGAAGGUGGAAGGAGCAUAGGCUCCGAAGCUGAAAGCCAAAGCCUGCACAGUAGCAAGUCAACACCUUGUUCUGAGAGAGGAAGCACUCUUUCGCUGAACAGCAGCGAAACAGAAGCAGCUGCAGGCCAUCUGAGAGGGGCUAUGGGCCCUGCAAACAGAAGCAGUGCUUCCAUAGCUUCCCUCCCGAGGUCACCGGCACUGAGCACACGCAGCAUGACUGCAGAUUACAGCAGGGACACUGGCCUGGAAAAUGGCAUGAUUAUUCCAGCAAGUGAAAGUGUACCAGAAGAUUUAGUAAAGAAGCACCGUAGGAAAGCAUCUGGAACACCUUCCAUUGCAGUUUCUAGAGUAUCUUUGUCAUCGGACCGUAGCAGAUCUGAGAUAGAUUUGAGUGAAUCUCUCUCUGAAGGAAAACAGGAUACCUUGAGCAUAAGAAGCAAAUCUGUACCUAGCACCUUAGAUGAGGAGCUGGAUUAUCUGGAUGAAACAGAAGAAGAUACUGAUGACAUAGUGGCCUCUUGUUAUUCAAGGAAACAUGGACAUCUGACAAGUGGAUUAUCAAGAAACUUCCCAGAAGGCUCUGACAGAAAAUGGAACUACUUAAACGUGCCUGAAACAGACGGUGAUACUACCAGCAUUAACAGCAUGCUGAGCGUAUACAGUGAAACUGGUGACUAUAGCAACGUGAAGGUCAGUGGUGAAAUCCUUCUCCAAAUCAACUACAGCUACAAAACAGGUGCUCUCAACAUCCUGGUGAAGAGUUGCAGAAACCUGGCCAUUGUGGAUGAGAAAAAGCAAAGGACUGAUCCAUACGUCAAAGCAUACCUGCUGCCUGAUAAGUCCCGCCAAAGUAAACGCAAGACCAAAAUUAAGAGUAACAGCACCAAUCCAGAAUUCAAUGAAACGCUGAAGUAUGUCAUCAGUCAUACACAGCUAGAAACCAGGACCCUGCAGCUUUCUGUCUGGCACUAUGACAGAUUUGGACGCAACAGCUUUCUUGGAGAAGUGGAAAUUCCAUUUGAUUCCUGGAACUUCGAAAAUCAGGGCGAUGAGUGGUUUGUGCUCCAGCCCAAGGUGGAGAUUGCAACAGAUGUCGGGCUUCAAUACAAAGGAGAACUGACAGUUGUUUUACGUUACAUUCCCCCAGAGAUAAACUUGAUGCUUCCUCUAGGACAGUUUCAAGGAAAGAAGAGUUUUAAAAAAGGAAAAAAGGGAGAGAAUCACCUGCCAUCUGGAGGUAUAUUAGAAGUCCUCAUCAAAGAAGCUAAGAAUUUAACAGCAGUGAAAUCAGGAGGCACAUCAGACACAUUUGUAAAAGGGUACCUACUCCCAGAUGACAGCAAAGCUACAAAACACAAGACUCCCAUAAUAAAGAAGAAUGUGAACCCCCAGUGGAAUCAUACAUUUGCUUUCAGUGGCUUGAAUUUCAGGGAUAUACAUAAUGUCUGCCUAGAAUUGACUGUAUGGGACAAGGAGUCGCUUUCCAGUAAUAUUUUUCUGGGAGGAGUUCGUUUGAGUACUGGAAGUGGUGUAAGUAAUGGCAAGGAGGUUGACUGGAUGGACUCUCAAGGAGAAGAGCAGCACCUCUGGCAGAAGAUGAUUGACAGUCCUGGAACUUCUGUGGAGGGGAUAUUAAUGUUGAGAUCCAGCAUGGGAAAACGCAGACUCUGAAAGACUCUCUACUACUGAGGGGUAGCACAAGUACUUAUUUCAGUUGUGUUCAGCUCUUGUCAGUUUGCCCAUUUGAAAAAUGGGUAAGGGUUGUACUCUUUGCCUUGGAUAUUAAGGCUUCAUGUGAAAUUUAAUGCAUUCUGCACUUUCAUGCAUGAAUUUUUAACCCAGACUUUUUGAACAGAUUAUGUUUCUCCUGAAACCUUUGAGAACAUGACCCUCUACAGAGAUCGAUCGGACUGGCUUUCUUUGUCCCUUCUGGUGACUGGUGGUGUACAGCUGAUGAACACUGCUGGUGGGGGACAUGGAGUGAGGAAAUUCUCUAAGUAGCCAUUUAGGAAGUAAGUGUGUAGUACGUAUCUACUUCUGGGUCAAAGAUGGCCUAGAAGACAGGAGUGAUUCAAUACAUGCAGAUUCAGAAUGAGUCUGUGCUUUGUUAUUUGGAAGACAGUAAGCCAUAAUGUUUGGAAGGCUAAUGUUUAUUUUUCAUGUUUGCUUGUUGGGCGGUGCACUGUGCAGGAUGGCAGGAGUGGAACCAAGUAGCUCACUAAGGAAGGCCAGUUGGCUGGCCAGCUGCUCAGUAGUCAGCAGAUGAAGGGGUAUAGAGUGCUGGUGUUUGGGCAUUCUCUUGGUUGUUUAGUGCACUGUAUAAAAGGUAGACUUGGCUCAGUGUGAUCAAAGAUCUCUAACGAAAAUAAAUCAUAACAAAUCCUAAAGACUUCCCAGAACUGUGUGGUAUUACCACGUUUUUCAUUUCAGUUGACAGCUCUAUCUAAGAUCUUUCAAUGUCAUUGAACAGAAGGAAUAUAUUUACAUGCCUGUCUCACCUGAUGAGUCAGUGAGGUGAGACAUAUACUGGUUUGGGGCAAUAGUUAGCUAAGACCUUGACUCAACAGAGUGUGUAGUGAAGUGACGGGAUUAAUGCACAUUUCAGAAUGCUUUGCACAACUGUGGAAUUUUUUUCAGAAUGGGCUGGGAUCCUGCUGAAGUGUGCUCGUGCAUGUUACUUAUUAAACAGAGCAGGAUUUUUCUCCUCAAUUUUCCUCCAUAAGUUAGCAGUAGAUUUAAUAAGAGUGGAUUUUGGCCAAUUCAGUCAUUAAUCUUACUAACCACAAGUGUUUAAGAGUACUUUUGCCAUUUGGUUUCCUAAAGUGAUCUUUAUACCUGCUUAGAUCUGCCAUUCUCUGAGGACUUGCAACGUUGUACGUGAAGAGAUGCUGUUUUGUAUCAUCGUGGGUUACCGCAGCAUUAUAAACAGUAGUAUUAACAUAAUAAGAUAGAAUUAUAAUCUUUUUCAAGGACAGAAGGAUGACUGUUUGCAAGAUUGUAUAAUAAUACAAUUGCGUGGCUUGUAAUUGCUCAGGGUGUGAAACAAAGGAGGACAAGUAAACUGAAGGAACAACAUUUCCUUUGAGUCUUUCAGAAUUGGAACAUAGCUUCCUGUCUGAACUAUUUGAAAUUAAUCUAUAGCUAUACUUACUCCUUAUUUAUUUUUCCCCAAAUAUCUUAUUUUGGAAGCAAUAUCAUAGUUGUACUAAGGAAACAAAUUUGAAUAUUUAGAACCAUAAUCCUUACAUAAAAUACCGAGGGGAAAAAAAAGCUUUCAGAGGACGUAUCUUUUCCUGUAGGUCAAAACAGCAGUAUUCAAAGAUUUCUGUGAAGAAUAAAGGCCAUAAAAUCCAAUUUGUGAGAGAGAGAGAAAUGCUGUUCCUCACAAUGUAAAAGUUGCAGGAAAUCUAGAUUGAACUAAAUGGAGAACUGACAGCUAAGUAUAGGUUAAAAAUUUUUCAUCUGUAGCGGUCCUGGUGUUAGUCACCUAAGUGGUUUUUUUUGAGCUGAAUCCAAAACCUUAACAUUUAAUGUCCAUUCCUUCCCGCUACUCCAUCUUCCCACCCUACCACCCCCCCCAAAAAUAAAUUAUACUGGUUUUGAGGGGCUUGAAACUGCAGGGCAGUUUGCAAGAGGUCUUUAAAAAUACUAAUAUUAUCAGAUAAAUUUGUUUUUGUAUAUUUUUUGUUAAAAAUAUAAUCUCAGUUUUAAUAAAAAACAAUCUGAUUAUAAAUACUUUCUAUUAAAAUUCUGAUAUGAAUUUAAGCAGUCACUGGAAGUAAUGUUUUUUCUCAGUUUGAGACCCCUAAUUUUCAGAAAUUACCAAGUUGACUUUAAAAAUAGAGUUUGUAUUUAGGAAUCCCAUGCUGGGAAUCAAAUGUCAGUAGUUGUUCAAGAAAACCAACUUCAUUUUCCUUCAUCUGUUCUUCAUUUCUAUCUGCAGUCCUGUUCAAACUGGGCAGUGAAGCAAGCUUAGUGCAGGUAUAGUCUGCUUUUCAUCUUAUGCUGCAGAUGCUGUGAGCCAAUAAAGCAGAGCACAAAUAUAAAGCACACACAUUUUAUGAUCUUCCUUUUAUCAUUAUAGUCUUUCUUUCAAUAUUAGAUUUUUUUUUUUUUGUAUCUGCAUCCCCAAAGGGAAAUCAAACCUUACCUUUGGCACCAAAGCUACCUUUUAUUUAUUUCUCCACAAGCCAGCUGAUGUGGGGGAACAAGCUUGAUUUUUCACUUGCUGGAAGUUGAUUUAAGAAGAUAAAUCUGAUUAAGACAGUGAUUCUUCAGGAUAAAAUUCCAGGUGGGGUUAAAGGGGAACAGUGGGCAGUCUGAUGGGUUGUUUUUGUUUCAUUUUGGUGUCAGAACUAGGAAAAUAGUGACACAAUAAAUCUACGAAGUUGGGCCCCAAAAUUGAAACCUUUUUCUCUCACCAAAUUGAAAACCUUAAAAUAAUUGGGAACGGAACUAAACCUUUUACUAAAAAUGGAGUAUAAGCAUUUUCACAAUUUUGAAGGGUAUUUUCUAACCUUCGAAGUGUUAGCGUUGUAACUAAAUCUAGUCUUGCUUUGAAUGGAAGAAGUCUAUGCUAUAUUACUUCAGCUUCUGCCCACAUUUGUCCCAUUUUUAGGUCCUAUGUUAGAGUGGGAGAUAAAUAUACUCAUCUGGAAAGCAUCACCUGUCUCAUAUAGCUUUUGGAAGGGCCAAAAUACUACUCUGAACCUGCAUCUAAAAGCAUAGGCCAGGCUAUGAAUAGUCUCUAGAUGUCACCUGCAGUUCAGUGUAUAAGAGAAACAAUUUCAACUGGGAAUUUAAUUCAGCCAAAGCAGUGAGUGUUGUUGGCCAUUGAUGGGAUUUGGAGUAGUGCAGUGAAAUUAACUCCUAGGUUAGCAGUGGUGAUUCUGCAUUAUGGUAGCGUACAAUGCAUAUCAUAAUCUGCCUCAGAUGAGCCUCAGAGAGAUGAUGAUCAUCAGUAUAGACACUGGAGUAAUUUGGCUGUUCUGUGAUGUUAUCAGCAGGUUUGUAGAAGGCACUUGAUUUGUGGAAAAUGUCACAUUUAAUUAUCUCUGUUAUAUCCUUGUUCUCUUCCUUUGCAAAAAUGAUUUACUGUUUAGAAAAAGCACGAGAUGAUUAACUGCAGAUGUGAUUUCUUGCUUCCGAGAUGUUGGAGCAAAUGGCCUAUAACUGUGUGUCAUCACGUACCAUGCUUUACUAUGCUGAACAGAAAUAUGGAAAGCCAGGAGCCAGGCUAAAGCCUUCUAUGUUUAUAUAUGUUUGUGGUAUCGAAGGUGCUUGGAUGGUUCAUUUAAGACUAAUUUUUAGGAGUAAAGAGUCAGUUCUAACACUUGAUUCAUAAAUUCCGAUCUUGAGUAAUCAGACACAGGAGAGCUGAUAUUUUAAAAAUAUUUCCCCAUACAGACUUGAAUAACUAAAGAUGCUUCAGUGGAGGAGAAAUUUUCUCUACAGUGGUUUUUGAAAAUGUGAAACACGAUGCAUUCUACUAGUGGUGUAACUACAGGGCUUUCAUCACUGUCUUUCCCCCCUUGAUACUAGAUUCUGAGGGUUUGACCCAUUAAGGCAAAAUAAGAGUACAACGUGGGCUGUAAAACUUCAAGUGAAGACAGUAAAUACAUCCCUAGACAGUGUGGUUAUUGCCAGUAUCCAUCAGGAAGAGCUGAUGCUGAGGGCUUCCAAGCCCUGCCAUCAGGCUUGAUUAUUCAGACCUGUUCUCUGGAAGCUUCUCUACUCUACUUAUUACUUGCAUGGGGACUUCAGGACUCUAAAAGUCAGUGAUCUUGCUUGCGUGUUUAGAUGCUAAAAUCGGUUCUGAUAGCCUCUCCUUCUCCUCCAUCUCCAUCACAUUACCAUCUUCCUCUGCUAAUCCAAGUGCUGUUUCCUACCUUAAAUGCCUUUUAGAGACCACGUUUUGACCUUUCUCUCCCAGCUGGAUGCUCAACAGUUGGUUUGUGAGAGAAGGCAGUGGGAUAGUGAGUAUGCUUUGAUCACAGUGCAUUAGAUUGGAAACUUACUGUUCUGUGUCUCUUCCAAUAGAGAUUUUGCUAGGGUAGCAUAAAUCAUGGAAUUACGGAGGUUGGAAAAGACCUUCAAAGAUCAUCACAAGUCCAACCAUUAUCCUGAUCUUCUAUCGCUAAACCAUGCCUCUUCGUGCCACAUUCAUGUCUCUUUGGUACCUCCAGAGAUGGAGAAUAAGUAUUUUGAAGUAUUGUUUUUUAUUUUCUUUUCCUUCCUGGUUAGGCCCUGUGCGAUACAAGUAGAUGAAGUUGUAUUCUGCAAAACAUGAACUAAACUGCAACAGCAGAGCAGCUGUUGAGCAUCAACUGGUGCUAAUUGAUAAAGUGGGGUAACAUUAGGGUUGCAUAGAGGCUGGCAUUGUUUUGACUUCACAAGAGCGCAUUGGCCAACUUCAGGCAUGUAAAGCUUGCAGUUUGCUAUAGAGUCGAUGAAAAUAAAGUCUGAGUCCUGUUUUCAUGGCUGUCUAGUCUGUGAGUUCACAUAGGACAGUAAGGGUUAUACCUGAAUCUUUGCAGGAUCUCUUCCCUCCAUCCUUCCCUUCAGUUCAGCAGUCCCCACCAGUUUAUUGUUCAAGAUUCUGUCAGUUUGUCAAACUAUGACUCCAUGUGCCACCUCAACAUUAAUCUCUGGUACCCAGAAGGAGGCAGUGUGCAGUAGUUAAGGGGUAGCUCCGCUUACUCUGAUCUGUGUGAGGUAAAAACUGAAUUUGUCCUUUCCUAACAUCCAGUAUUGAUUUUCAACAAUGACAGAAAUAGCCAUCUCCUGAGAGAUGGUACGUGCACUUUGUAAACUUUUCUUUUGAUACGGUUUUUGAAGAUGGUUAUUAUUUAAUUAUUUUUAUAUGUAGAAAUAUGAACAUUAGAGGACCUUAAGAGAAAUGAUGGUAAGAACAUGUGAUUAAAUCCGAAAUUGGAUGCAGACUUUAAUUUGCAGAGAUGUUUUUUUUACCUUGGCAUGAGGCACCGAGAGUCAUGCUCGCAGAGCCUUACCACUGUGUCCCGUGAAUUUCCUGCCUGGUGAUUUCAUGUUUGCAAAUGCUGUUUGAUAAUAAGUGAUAAUAAGACAGUGUUAAUUAUACCGUGUAUAUUGACACUGGAAAGUGAAUCUCUAUUUGCUUGUAUAGGUGUUCUUAGGUUGCUUUUGCGACUCACCCUUGCUGCAUCACGGCCCUUUAUGUAGGAUCGCUAUGUCAGCAAUUCUGCUCUGUGGCAAUAACCUACCUAUGGCUUUGCACUAGUGCUCUUGAGAGUUGGGUGUGUAUUUUUGAGGGUGGCUCUUAUCACUGGGGUUUGCUUAAAGCCAGAUGUAGUCCUUUGAUGCAGCAAAUUGGGAAUGCCAUACAUCCCUCUUACCGCCUUUGUUCUGAUUAAAAAUCUGUUGCUCGCUAUUUAUUUGGUUAUUCUGCUGGAUAUGAACAGUAGUAGCAGUAAGUGGCAUUGCAGUGUGUUAAGUUCUGCCCAAGUUCACGUGAAGCGUUUCCUGCCCAGAACAUUUUGCACUGUACGUUCAGUUUUGUGGACAAAAAUGGCUGGUGAUACAUUUGCAGUGGUUGUCAAGAGUAUUGUUCUGCCUUUUAAAAUUAAAAUUAUGGAACGUU